AAGAACCGGUUUGGGCCAGCGAAGAAGAAUUGGACUUGUCGCUGGAAACAUAACGGCCUGAGAGCGGCGACUUGACGCAGUUAGCGGCAGCCUUCGUCAACCUGACCGCACUCCGUGAUGUAACACUGUGCUCCGGCGGACUUUGUAUGCUGCUCCUCCAAAUCUUCCGGUCGACAAGGUCGCUGUGCGUGAGUGCGGCGAGAUAGUCUGUUAAACGCCCCGUAAUUAUUAUUCUUUCGACUAACGGGGAGAUCAUGAGCGCGGCGGAAUAACCUCACGUAAAGUAUUAUUUUGACACAAUGGCGACAGACGCCUUCAAGAGGUUUGUGGAGACGUGUCAUUAUCUCCAGGACCCGCGUCUGGUGGCCAAGUUCCAGCACUUGUGUGGCGUCCGGGGGACGUUUCCGGAUAAAGCGAACGACGACGGCGCGUCCGCGCACGGCUGCCCCGGGCUGAGGCAGAGGAUCCCGCGGGACGACGUCAGUAACGGGGCGAGCGUGCACGCCAACGGGGUGAAAGGUGACUCCAGGCCCGACGAGACCGCUCGGGCUAAGCCCCUGCGCAGGAACUCUCUCACCGGAGACGUGGGCCAGGAGUUUCUGAUCCACAACAAUUUCCUCUUCUAUCUGUUCACGUUCGGCACUGAGCUGGGCAACGAGAUGUUCUUCAUCGUCUUCUUCCCCUUCCUCUUCUGGAACGUCGACGCCCUGGUCAGCCGCAGGCUCAUCGUGGUGUGGGCCUGGAACCUGUUCGUGGGACAGUCCACCAAGGACAUGGUCCGCUGGUCCCGGCCGGCCUCCCCUCCUGUGGUGAAGGUGGAGGUGUUCUACAACUCGGAGUACAGCAUGCCGUCCACGCACGCCAUGACCGGGACUGCCAUACCCUUCUGUCUCUUCAUGCUCACCUAUGGACGCUGGCAGUACCCUUUCCUCUUUGGUUUCGGUGUGGCCCUCUGCUGGAGCAUCCUGGUGUGUGUCAGCAGAGUCUACAUGGGGAUGCAUUCUGUUCUGGAAGUGAUCACUGGCUUCCUGUACAGCCUCCUCAUUCUGGCCUUCUUUCACCAUGUUUUGGGCAAGAUUGACGACUUCUAUAUGGACGGCGCAUACGCUCCACUAGUUAUCAUCUUGUCCCACGUGAGCCUUGGACUCGUGGCCUUCUCCCUGGACUCCUGGAGCACCUCCCGUGGAGACACGGCCCAAGCGCUGGGUACCGGGGCUGGCAGCGCCCUGGCCACAUACGCCAACUACCAGUUGGGACUGCUGGCUGACCCCCCGCUGUCAUCGCUGCCGUUCGCCUUGCCACCGCUCUGCGUGGGCUUGGUGGCUCGCUCCCUGCUCCGCUUCGCCAUCGGGGUGGGCGUCAUUCUGAUCACCAGGCUGGUCAUGAAAGCAGUCACCAUCCCUUUCCUCUGUCGAGUGUUGGGGCUGCCCGCAGAGGACGUGAGACAAGCAAGGCAGCACAUGGAAGUGGAACUGCCGUACCGUUACAUUGUGUACAGUGUUGUUGGUUUUACGUGCGUAUGUGUGGUGCCUCUCCUCUUUAGGAUCGUAAACCUGGCAUGAGUGUCACAUGUAAACAGCCAUGCACUGCUGAAAACCAGAAUGAAUUCUUAUCACCUCCACAUAAACUAGAGCUAUUCUAUAUUUUCCCAUGGAGACCAAAAAUUAGGUAACCCAAGUACAACAAUUUGCAUGAAUACCUUAGGCGAGACUGUUUUCCCCUCUGUAAAGUGCAUUAUAUUUUUUCUGAUUGCUAAAAUUUCUCGUACCAAUGCUGAUAUAUUUGCCAACCCUCCUGAUUUUCCCGGGAGACUUCCGAAUUUCAGUGCCCCUCCUGAAAAUAUCCCAGGGCAACCAUUCUCCCGAAUUUCUCCCAAUUUCCACCUGGACAACAAUAUUGGGGGCAUGCCUUAAAGGCAGUGCCUUUAGCGUUCUCUACAAACUGUUGUCACGUCCACUUUUGUUUCAUACAAACAGCGUGCUUGCCGAGUCGCAUAAUACAUGCGGCUAUGAAACACACAACAGUGAAUGCAAGCAUACUUGGUCAACAGCCAUACAGGUCACACUGAGGGAUGCCGUAUUAACAACUUUAACACUGAUACAAAUAUGCGCCACACUGUGAACCCACUCCAAACAAAAAUGACAAACACAUUUCGGGAGAACAUCCGCACUGUAACACAACAUAAUACCCAGAACCCCUUGCAGCACUAACUCUUCCGGGACGCUACAAUAUACAUCCCCCUGCCUGCCCACCCCCAAGACCGCCACCCCACCUCAACCGCGCAUGCCCCUCAUCUCCCGAAUUCGGAGGUCUCACGGUUGGCAAGUUUGACAAUGCUGCAGUUUAUGAACAAGCUGCUGGAAUUUAAAAAUGCACUAUUAACUUCCUCUUAACAGUUUUUAAAGGCAGAAGCACAUAACACACUGGAGAAGAAAGAAUGAAGCCAGAAAAAUGGCAGAUUUUUAAUUUUUCAUGGAGUAUUACAAUAUAUAAUUUAUCAAAUCAAAUGUUUAGUUUUUAUUUCCAUUUUAUAUUAAUUUCUAGGGGAUCUUUUGUAUUUGUAACGCCAUCCUUGUAUUCUGAAAAAUAAACCAAACAUUUGUGUCAGUGUUAUAUUAGUUAUUGUUUGAUGCUAUUAAUCUGUGUGCAAAAGUAUAUUUUAAGUGUUGUGUAAUUGUCAGGGCUCCAUGUUCACUGCUCAAGUCUAUACUUGAGGCACCGCCACUAUUUGUCUGCAUUACACCAUGUUAAUAUAUCUCUGCUUCCAUUUUCUGUAUAUUACCCUGGUCUUUGACUGUGAAGUCUUUGAAACUGGCACCUGACUUGAUGGGAUUAAAAUAUAUAAUAUACAGUAUUUUUGAUGGACUCUGCCAUCUUGAUUAAGAUGUAAAAAAAGAGUUUAUAACAGGACAUUUUAAGUUUCUUGCACUAAAGUGUAUUAAAAUCUUACCCUCCUUUA